UCUUCAAUAACAUGGCUUCCCGCCCUUACUCAGUUCACCCCCAUAUGGUACUGUAUUCUAAAGACUCCGAGGGACAAUCAUACAGAGAUACUACCAAUACUACGGUAGGCGUGCCUCCUUAUUCCAUUAGGACAUACACGUGGUACGUGCAUGCGCAGUCGGGACCCGGAAGUAACGACCCAAAUUGCAUAUCGUCUGCUUACUACUCUGCCGUUAAUCCUGAAAAAGAUGUCUCAACCGGGUUGGUCGGGCCAUUGAUCGUCUGCCGCAAAGGGAUAUUGGAUGAAAACAACAGACGUCUGGAUGUUGACAGAGAGAUAGCUACUUUGUGGAAUGUCAUGGACGAGGGAGAAAGCUGGUAUCUUGACGACAAUAUUGCUGCCAACAAUCCUAAAAAUUUGACGGUGGAUAAGGAUGAUGAGGAUUUCCACGAAAGCAACAAAUUCCAUGUCAUCAAUGGAGAGAUCACUGCGCUUGAUUCCGGUUUUGACAUGAAUCAGUGUGAUCUGGUGGCCUGGUACCUGUUAAGCCUGGGAGGAGAGACAGACAUCCACACCGUGCACUUCCAUGCCCAGUCCUUUAUAUCUCGAGCUGAAACCCCGCACAGAGGGGACGUAGUUGAGAUUUUCCCUGGAACCUUUGAAACGGUCACAAUGCUGGCAGACGACCCCGGCACGUGGUUUGUACACUGUCACGUGGAUGAUCACGUGGCUGCUGGUAUGGAUACAGUUUUCACAGUUCACCCCAGCACUUCCAGCAAUGCUACCGUGGGAUUGUGUUAGUAGAGAUACAAUCGCAAUCGU